CACAGAGAUUUCAUAAAUACGUAUUUGAAGGAGGCUGCUGGCGGAGUGUAAAUACUGGUGCCUUUUCCUGUUCUGCCAUUGGGCUGCUCCCCGUGGAAACUGGUUCUGACCCAGAGGACUAGCUGCUUGCAGGACGGGCAGCCGAACUGAAGGGCAGGAGCAGAUCUCAAAGGAGUGGUGAGUUAAAUGCAUGGAGAGGGGGUGUUGUUCAGCUCUUGCAAGCAAAAGGUGGGCCCUGCCCCCCCCCAUGGCCCUGCCCUACUGCAUGCAACCCCUCUUGCUCCCAGUUUGUUUAGAAACGGGGUGGAGGCCGAUUCAGGCUGAACGCAAACUGCAUCUGAAACCCUCCCCCCCAUAAUUCUCAAAGAAUUAUGGGCACUGUAGUCUCUUAAAGGUUGCUGGGAAGUUGGAACUCUGCAAGGAGUAAACUCAAUUUAUUUGGUUUUUCAAAUUAAAAUUUUACAGAGAUAUAUCAAACAUAAAUAAUAAUAAAACAAGAUUCCUAGGAAUCUCCUGAACUUCCAUCCUCCCCUUUGUGGGUCCUAUUGUUAAUCAUUUCCUCCCACAUCUCUUGUGAUACUCCAGAAUCUCAACCUGUGGGUCCCCAGAUGUUGUUGGACUACAACUCGCAUCAUCCUUGAGCUCUGGCCUUGCUAGCUAGGGAUGAUGGGAGUUGUAGUCCAACAACAUCUGGAGACCCACAGGUUGAGAACUGCUGCUCCAGAUCCUUUGCCUCUUCCAUUAUGUCCAGAAUUCAACCUUAAACUACAAGCAAUAUUCCAAUCCUACUAACGAUUUUAACUGUUUACAAUGAUCUUUAAGAUAAGUUAUAAAUUUUCCCCUUUCCUUAUUAAAAUUUAGGUCUUCCUGAUUUCUGACUCUUCCGGUCAUUUUCGCCAUUUCCGCAUAGUCCAUUAACUUCACAGGUAGGGACUGUGGCGAUCACACAGGGUCCCCGGACGUUUCACCGUCUAUUGAUCCCUGUGCCACCACUUUAUUUCUCGCUGCCACCACCCUGGCCCUACCUGGUACAAUACUGAGUCCAGUCAGGGUUAAAUUGAAACAUAAACUUCUGUUUAUUUAUUGCAGUUUAACAAGCGUAUGGUUUCUUAAACGGUAUUGGUCAAUUACAUUCAUGGGGUGCCUAUCCAGACCCAUAACUUCCGCUACCUGCACUCACUCACUAAACCACCUCUCAGAUAUCUACUUGUCUUCCUAGCCCCUAACUGUUCCUGACUCAGCUUAUUUCGCAACACUAGCUAAACCUACCCACAGACUCUAUCCCAAUUCACUCCCACUCCAAUCAACCACCCAACUCCCAACGAACUCCCCCCUUCCCCCUCCCAGAGCUGGUUUUAUAGUCUCUUUGACUCCACCCCCUGGGUCCUGAUUGGGUAACCUGUUUAACUAUUUCACCUCCAGCACUCUCAUAUGUUAACGUCAUAGGGACUUUAUCUUCUUUCCAUCUCUGGGGGCAGCACCAAAGUGAUCUCGUUGGGGUGCAAGCCUGGGCAGUGUAUCUGGAGGUCCUGGGCUGCCCAGAAGACAAGACCCUCCUCUUGGUCUCACUGAUGGGGUCCAAAGGAAAGCAGAGCAAGGCGUUUGGCACCAGUGCUAGCCCUGCUCAGAUUAGGGCCACUGAACUCAGUAGACGCGAGUAGCUUCAGUUCACCAAUCUCAAUGGUUCUACUCUGAACAUGGAACGUAAGAGCCUGCUGGAUCGUGCCUAUGGCCCAUCUAGUCCAGCAUUCUGUUCUUGCAGUGGCCAAACAGACGUUUGUUGGGAACCCGCAAGGAGGACCUGAGCACAAGAGGCCUCUCCCCUCUUAAGGUUUCCAACAACUGGCGUUCAGGAUCAUCUCUGCCUCCGAAGUCAAAUAAGUUGGAGUUCUUGUUAUUAAAUAUACCAAGAAAAAAGCACACCAAGAACUCUGGCCAAUGUAAGUUUCAAAAGUGGGAGUGGUCCCUACUCGCAAAUCAAUAGUCAAUUGUAACAAAAACUAAUCCAUUCAAAAGUAUGCAUUCUGACAAGGAUUACAAACUCAAAUAGAGAUUACAAACUCAAACUCCUAAGGAUAUGUAUAACACAAUAAUUUGUUACAGUAUUAAAGAUAAGAGUUUAUGAGUAGAGAUAAAUUCAUGUUAGUCCAUAGUCAGAUUAGACGUGAAGAUCUUAGUUUCAAUCAUUGAGCAGAAGUCAGAAGUCAAUUAUGGAUCAGAAACCAGGACAGGGACCUGUUUUGAUGUAUUCACCUUCAUCAGCUGGAAGUAUCAAACAUUACGUGAUAAUACAGUUAAAUUCUAAAUUAUCAUAAAUUAUAAAACAGUAUUAUGCAACAUUUGGUUCCUUACCUAAUUUUUAAGGGGUCGUGUAAGUUUGAAGAAUUUGUAUAAAUAUAUUCUGUUCUGAAGCAGAAGUCAGCAUGGAAGGUGGUUUGCUUGCCUUUGUUAGAAGUUGUUAAAUGGAGGCUGGAUGGCUGCCUAUCAGGGAGGUCGUUGCAGCGGUUUUCCUACAUUAGCCGGGUGAUGGCGGUUGUUCUCCGUCUGUGGAUGUUUUAUCCUCGAAUAUUUCAUCUGUCCUGCCUCUGAUACAUUCCCCUCCCCUCCAGUAUUUUACCCCUGUAAUCUACUCCCAAGAGUUUUGGCUGAAGAUCAGCCAAUAAAAUAAUAUAGGUCUCUGUGAACAUUCUGUGACAUCAUUGAAACCUAGCCAAUGAGGAGGGGUGGACAGGGCAGGGAACAGCAAGGAUGACCUUCAGGUUACUGUUUCAGGAGCUGCACUCGUCCUCGGAUAAGCUGCCCUGCAUUUCAACCUAAGUUCCUUUUGGAUCUCCACAAGAGCAGAGAAGCCCACGCAAGGAAGUCAUGCAAAAGGACCAUGAGGAUAGCACCGUUCUGGAUCCCCAACAGCAUGUAUUUCACGCUGAAAGAGGUAUGCAGUAAAGCAAAACAUGAAUAAGUGCUGUGCUGCAGCAGGCCAAAGGCAGGGGUGGGGAGCGAGUUCUAACCAGAGGAAAAGGGAUCCCUCCAUAGGAUCAGGAGACAUACUCCAGUCCUGUAAUGGAAAGUCUGCAUGGAGCUCUGAAGCCCCAGAAGGUCUCAGAUUACAAUCCCUGGCAUCUCCAGGUAGGACUAGGAAAGAGUUCCCUGUCUGAAACUCUGGAGAGCUGAUGCCACAGUCACUACAUACAAUAAUGAGGUUGAGGGACCACAACGGCCUGAUUCAGUUUAGGGCCAUUUCUUAUGUCCGUAAGAGCAGGAAGCAGAUUUCAGCCAAAGUUUAGGAGCUGUUAAAACUGUGAGAAGUGGCUUUUAAUGUGUGACAUUUUAAUGUAUUUUUAAUCUUUGUUGGAAGCUGCCCAGAGUGGCUGGGGAAGGCCAGCCAGAUGGGCGAGGUACAAAUAAUAAAUUAUUAUUAUUAUUAUUACUACUACUACUACUGUUAUGUUCGAAAACUGAGGUACCACUGUAUCACAGGGACAAAUUGAACACCAUCACAGUUCUCUCCUUCUUCCAGCAGGCAGUGACUCUCUCCGCAAGCGGAAGGCGCAGACAUUUCCCACAGAGUGUCCCACAUUUGUACGGGGCGAAGAGAGCCCUCCCCAGGGCGUUACGGAAGGAGCGGUUCUUCACCCUCACCAGGAACUGGAGACACAGCAGAGAAGCUGCCCUUCGGAGGGACAAAUAAACUCUGUUCCUUUCUGGGGUGGCUACGAAGGACUUGGUGGAUCUACAGUACAACAGAGAAUCCCCCCAGGAGAGAUCCAGCAGGGCAGCGAAGGCCACAGCUGGAGGCCAGACUUUGUGAUCAGCAGGAGGAGCUGUAAGAAACGGGACAAGCCUUACAAAUGCUCCGAGUGCGGGAAGAGCUUCAGUGUGAGCUCCGACAUUAUCCGCCACCAGAGAAUCCACACGGGGGAGAAGCCGUACAAGUGCCUGACCUGCGGGAAAGGCUUCAACCAGAACUCCCACCUGACGGCGCACCAGAGAACCCACACCGGGGAGAAGCCGUACAAGUGCUGGGAGUGCGGGAAAAGCUUCAGCCUGAGCUCGGACUUCACCAGGCACCAGAGGAUCCACACGGGGGCCAAGCCGUACAGGUGCUCCGAGUGCGGGAAGGGCUUCAUCCAGAAGUCGCACUACGUCACGCACACGAGGAUCCACACGGGCGAGAACCCGUUCCAGUGCCCCGAGUGCGGGAAAGGCUUCACGUCCAGCACGCUGCUCAUCAGACACCAGAGAAUCCACACGGGCGAGAAGCCCUUCAAGUGCUCUCACUGCGAGAAGAGGUUCUGCGCCAGCUCCAACCUCGUGACCCACAUGCGGACCCAUACCGGGGAGAAGCCGUUCCCGUGCCGCGAGUGCGGGAAGAGCUUCAGCCAGAAAUCCACGCUGAUCGCUCAUGAGAGGACGCACACGGGCGAGAAGCCCUACAAGUGUUGGUGCGGGAAAAUGUUCAGCAAGAGCUCGGACCUCCUGGCGCACGAGAGGACCCACACGGGCGAGAAGCCGUACGCCUGCCCAAGCUGCGGGAAGCACUUCCGGAUGAGCUCGCACCUCGUAAGGCACCAGCGCGUCCACACCGGGGAGAAGCCGUACCAAUGCUCCGAGUGCGGGAGGAGCUUCAGCGCCAGCUCGCACCUUAUCAGACAUCAGAAAAUCCACCUGAAAGCCAAGUGACAAACAAUGGAACGCAGGAGGAAGAGUCUUAAUAGCACAAGGAUGGAAGACUGAGGAAAUCCCCACUAAAGAAUUGUGGCAAGAGAAACUGAUGGCCUAUGCAGAACUGGCAAAAUUGACACAUAAACUACGGGACAAGGAUUAAAGGUAAAGGGACCCCUGACCAUUAGGUCCAGUCGCGGAUGACUCUGGGGUUGUGGCGCUCAUCUCGCUUUAUGGGCCGAGGGAGCCGGCGUACAGCUUUCGGGUCAUGUGGCCAGCAUGACUAAGCCGCUUCUGGCGAACCAGAGCAGCGCACGGAAACACCGUUUACCUUCCCGCCGGAGCGGUACCUAUUUAUCUACUUGCACUUGUGUGCUUUCGAACUGCUAGGUGGGCAGGAGCAGGGACCGAGCAACAGGAGCUCAACCCGUUGAACCGCUGACCUUCUGAUCGGCAAAGUCCUAGGCUCUGUGGUUUAACCCACAGCGCCACCCGCGUCCCUUUAAAGAGGAAUGGGAACCUUUUACAAAGUACCUAAAGACGCAACAAAGUGAAUUGGACUCCUUGGCAGGCUUUGAAUAAACACUCACAAUUUUUUUAUUGAUAAUCAUUAGUUAAAUAAAUUAAGGACUUAUACAAUUCUGUAACAUGCAGAGAAUGGCAUUUGUGGAGAAACCAGAGAUUGGAACUGAGGGGGGGGCGGGAAGGGCAAGUUGUUUAUGGGAGGGAGGGGGAGGGGGGAAAUGAGGAAAAAAAUUAAGGAUGAUAUGUUUUAAGAUAAUAUGUUUUGUUGAAUUACCUAAUAAAAAAUGUAAACAAAAAAACAACAACAAUGGAACGCAGGAGUGCGGUGGGGACAAAAUCCCACCGCUGACACAAGACAAGGUGCAAUUUCUCAGAUUCUGGGCUCCUUGACACCAACAGGACUUACUUCUAAGUGAAUGUGUUUUCGAUUGCUUUACACUGAGCUGUCGUCCCUCGUUUUAGGUCUGGGCUGGUGUCAAUAAGAUGAGGCGGUUACAUCAAGCCCGGGAAGAGUGCCAGUCAGGAAUCUGUCCUCAUUGUGCGCAAGGGAGAUGCAAAAUGAUGUCGUGCUCCAGCCCCCAACCCAUAAGCCCUAUUCUGUAACUGGUUGGCCACUUCCAGAAAUGGUAGCAGAGCCAUUCUCAGACGGCUCUGCUCAGCACUUACUUUCUUUGAAGGCUUCCUAGAGCGUUUUUCUUUAAGGAGGCGGCACCUUGCUCGAGAUGACAUCAUCACAGAGUAGCCACUCUAGAAAGCCUGCAUGGAACACUCUGUGCUCUUCAGUGGGACAGUAGAGAGAGUCUGCAGCUUCUUACAGCUUUACUCCGCAGGUAGUGAAGAAGAAUUAAAACCAUGCUAAGCUAAGA